AUGUCACAUUCGACGACGAACUCUACGGACCUUUCCUUAAGCGAUGUAAUUGUACCUGUGUGUUAUACUCGUCUGGUUCUUAUUUACGAUUAUGUGAUCAAUGAUUUAGAAAAACCUCUAUUGAAAUUCCUUCAUCAUUAUUGUCGUAGUGCUUUCAAACAGAUUCUUGAUAAUAAACUGGUUGAUCCAGUUGAGCGACCGAAAAUUUUUACUCGUAAAAUUAAUAGAAAUCUCUCCGUCGCUUCACUAAAUGUUGAACAAAGCGAUAUCUUUCCGUACGGACGAACACCCGAUGAUCAUUCUCCACUUUUUUUUCUUCAUCAAUUUACAGUAAGGGAUGGAACAUUAUUGGCCAUCGGUGUUCAUCAUCGUCUUACCGAUGGUCAUGGAUUGAUUCAUUUGUUAUACCGAUUUUCGAUUUGGUUAUCAAAAGUGCAAAUUCCAUUUCAGUUCGAACACGAUCGUUCCUUGAUAGCGAAACGAAUUGCUCCAACGAUUUUGUAUGAACAUCGGGAAUAUUAUAUCGAAGAUUCAUCGUUAUUCUCAUCGGCAAUUAGUCAGUCCGAAAUCGAAACUGACGUGAUUGUUAAACGUUAUAAAAAAGACAAUUUAUUUUCCAAAUUAAAAAUCACGGGUAAACACGUUUCAUUCAACGAUGUACUCGUUGCUUGGCUAACAAAAUUGAUCAGUCGUAUUCGUCGUGUACCCCGUGAAACAAUCGUUAGAGUUGGUAUGCCAACAAACGGACGGCCUGUACUAAGAUUAGAAGAAGAUUAUUUCGGUAACUGUGUCUUCUACAUUUACAUUCCUUUUUUGAUGUCUGAUCUUCAAUCAAUGUCAGUCAAUGACCUAUCUGAGCGAGUACACGAAGAGCGAAAACGUUGUAUGACACGUGCUUAUAUCGAGUCAGCGUUGGCUUAUAUUAAAUAUAACACGGCGAAGCCCAAUCAUCGAGUAUGUCCAAUAUUCAAUCUGUUCGGUGAAUAUGAUUUGACAUUUACGAAUUGGUCUCGAUUUCCUAUGUAUCAGAUUGAUUUCGGUCGAGGUCCACCUCGUCGUGUGUUUCUUCCGCCAGGCAACAGACGGAAUGGAAUGAUUACAAUUCUACCCACAAGUGAAGAAGAUAACGAAAUUGAACUUUACAUUCGACUUGAUAAAAGAUAUAUUGUAGAAUUAUCAAAGACCUUGAGUACCUACGAAAUUCAGAAGCAAGCAGUUGCAUGA